GGUGUUUCUUCCAUUGGAUCAUUGUCAACCUUGCUGUUUCCUUAGCAAUGGGGAUAGCAUGCUGCAGUAUGAAAGAGCAGCUGGAGCUGCUGGGCGCGGAGUCUGCGGCAGCCCUCAGUGGCACCCUGAGUGCUAUGUCUGUGGGCAGUCAAGAGCCACGGCUGCCGCCGGGUGGACGCUUCACCGUAAUGAUGUUUGGCAUGACCGGAUCUGGAAAGAGUGCCCUCGGGAACCUUCUGGCAGGCUACGAUCACUUCGUCUCAGGUGAUGAUACGGCUUCUGUGACGAAUAACCAGUCGGUGCUCAAGUACGAGGCACCGGAUCGAUCACUGGUUCUGUUGGACACCAUUGGCCUCGGGGAUACCGAGCUGGACCAGGACAAGGUUGUGGCAAACAUCAGAGAUUCCGCGUUAUCAGCUCCAAAUGGUGUGGAUGCUAUGGUCUUCGUGAUGCGCAGUGGUCGCAUCACAGAUGAUGUGAUUGCCAGGUUGAUCUACGCGACCGAGUACCUUUGGGGUACAGAAUGUUUGUUGAACCUCUACAUUGUUGUAACUUAUGCCAGCAGAUAUGUGACGCAAAGGGAGGAGGCUGCAGCAUGGAUUGAGCGGCAAUGUGAGCUGAAUUGGCGCUUCCGGCAUAUCUAUUCUCUGGUGGGGAACAACGAAAACAGGAUACUGUUUGUGGACAACCCUGACCCGGCAGAUGGAGAGCCACUGACAAGGCUGCGACGCCACAAUAGCAGGCAGAAUAUCUUAAAGGCUUUUGUCAACCAUCCUCGAGAUAUAAUCCCGCCUUUCACGCAUGCUAUGAUGAAGAAGGCACAGGAGAAGAUGGAUGCUACUUUGAAAGAAGUUAAGAAGGCGGAAGAAGCCAUCACGGAGCUGGAGGCGAAGGCAGCAGAGGCCUCCAGAAAAGAUAUGGAAGCUAUGGAAAAGGAGAUGGCAGAGGCCAAAGAACGGAAGAGAAAGGCUGAGGAGGCGUACAAGCAGGAAAUGAAAAACAUUCAGGAGGAUGAGGAGUUCCGCCGGAUGGCAGCACAAGCUGUCGAAGAGGCCACCGUGGCCUUUGGCAAGAAGUACGAGCACGCAGAUAGCAAGGUGGAGUCCAUGUCUGCUGCGACGACCUCCGUGCCCGAGGAUCAGAGCCCGACGGACGAGUCCAAGAGCUCCAAUCCAAUUGCUGCCUGCAAACGUGUUUUCCGCGCUCUGCGGCGUCGCUUUGUGAAGCCCAAGAUCGGCCAGUUAGGAGGAACUCCAGGCACUCCAUCGUUGCAGUCGCCAUCGCCUGCUGCAAAGAGUGCCAUGCCUGUGCUUCAGCAGAGGCUAACACCAGAGGAGGUGGAAGCAAUGGUCGAAGAGGCGCAUCUCCUCUUGGUGGGCAGUGAGAGCCAAACGUCUCAGCAACUGUUCGACUCCUUGGACCAGCAGGGCUUGAAAUACCUGUCGCCUGUGCAGUUCCAACUCUGGGUCAAGAAGGUCUGUCCAGAUACUAAUUCAGCCCAGGUUGCAGGCAUUUGGAGGCGUGCGGACCAAAACUGUGAUGGAAGAAUCUCAGAGGAGGAGUUCUUGAAGUUCAUGUCACACAAAGUGCAGUGAGUGCUUGGCAAGUUGGCAAAGAUACCUGUGUCCAAGUUCUCAGCUCCUGACAGUGAUUUGGAGUAUGAACUCUUUGUUGGCGCUCGUGAUGGCCACAUUUUCUUCAUCAUUUCUUGGGGAGAGGCAAGUUAUAACGUUGGCAGGUUGCUUCAACUCUUGC